CCUGCCAGCUGGGUGAAUGUCGUGAACAGUCGCUAUAUUGGCUCCACUUUGGACGGAGGUUGUGCUGUAGUCGGAGGGGCUUGUCUGAGUCGUUUCGGUGGAAUAAAACUGCAAAGAGAUGAACUGAGGAAUAAGAAACUGGGACAAACCAGGAUGUAACUUACUGCAGACCAUAAUGUCAAGAGGAACAAAAGAGACUUCUUGUUGUUAUUCGCCUCCGAGUCUGAGUCUCCGUGUACUGAACUAAACCAGCAGCUAAACCGGCUAACAUUAGCUGAGUUAACGCUGCAUACAUUGCGGACACCCUGUAUGAAGUGGAGUCCCUCGCCUGUUUACAGUUUCAAGCAUCCCUUUGCUUUGCUUGUCUGUUAAGUAGCAUUUGAACUAACUCGCCAUGGCAGCAGUGGUGAGCUACUCUCCACCAUGGUGGGUGAACCUGCUUCACAGACUUCCCCAUUUCAACUUGAAGUUCGAGCAAACGAGCAGUGAUUUCCAACCUGAGGACUGGACAUAUCAACAGUCCAUUCUGCUACUGGGAGGUUUGGCGCUGGCCUGUCUGGCCCUGGACCUCCUUUUCCUGCUCUUCUAUUCCAUUUGGCUUUGCUGCCAGCGGAAGAAAAGUGAGGAACAGCCCAACGCAGAUUGCUGCUGCACUGCGUGGUGUGUCAUCAUCGCAACGCUUGUCUGCAGCGCUGGCAUUGCUGUCGGUUUCUAUGGGAACGGCGAGACUUGUGAUGGAGUGAAUCGGCUGACAUAUUCCCUGCGCCAUGCUAACCGCACAAUCACUGGCGUGCAGAAGCUGGUAUAUGACAGUUCAUCCUCAUUGAACCAGACGGUAGAUGACAAUCUGCAACAGCUUGAGGGCCAGUAUGCGCAGCAUGCGGACUACCUGUCCAUCAUCCAAAAGCUGCAGGGACAGCUGGACGAGCUGGUCAGACAGAUGGUGGAGAUUCCCUUCUGGGACAACACCGACGUCUCCCUGGAGGAGCUGGCCGUCAACAUUGAGCUGUUUGACUGGUACAGGUGGCUGGGCUACAUAGGCCUGCUACUGUUCGAUGUCCUCAUCUGCCUUCUGGUGCUGUUUGGCCUCAUUCGCAACUCCAAGGGAACGCUUAUAGGAGUGUGCUUGUUUGGUGUAGUGGCUUUGGUAAUCAGCUGGGCCUCCCUGGGGCUUGAGUUGGCCGUCUCUGCGACCUCCAGUGACUUCUGUGUUUCUCCUGAUACAUAUAUCACCAAAGUAGCAAACCAGUAUGGAGUCAUCAAUCAAGAUAUCCUGCAGUACUACCUGAGUUGCAGUUUGGAACAAACCAAUCCCUUCCAGCAGAAGCUUUCUGGGAGCCACAAAGCAUUAGUGGAGAUGCAGGAUGACGUGUCUGAACUGCUGCGCUCUGCCACCAGAGAGUAUAAGCAAACUAAGGUAACUCUGGAGGAGAUCCAGGGGAUACUGAACACCACGGAGAUCAACCUACAUCAGCUCACUGCGCUGGUGGACUGUCGCAGCCUGCACAUGGACUACGUCCAGGCCGUGACUGGUCUGUGUUACGAUGGACUGGAAGGCCUCAUCUACCUCGUGCUCUUCUCCUUCGUUACUGCUCUCAUGUUUAGCUCAAUCGUCUGCAGUGUGCCUCACACCUGGCACAAAAAGAGGAUUGAUGAGGACAGCGAGGACGAGUCUCUGAGCCACGGAGGAAGGCAAAACCCUGAUAAUCUGUACCGGGUCCACAUGCCCAGUCUGUAUAGCUGUGGCAGCAGCUACGGCAGCGAGACCUCCAUCCCUGCUGCUGCCCACACUGUCAGCAAUGCACCAGUGACAGAGUACAUGGCUCAGAACGCCAACUUCCAAAACUCCCGCUGUGAAAACACGCCUCUGAUAGGACGAGAGUCGCCUCCCCCCUCGUACACGUCCAGCAUGCGGGCAAAGUACUUGGCAAACAGCCGACCAGAUCCCAACAACACUAGACCAGAUCCAGCACACUAGACAACACUGGACUCGUCUCGUCUGCAGCACUGACGUCUCUGAAGUCACUCAGUCAGUCUUUUUUCUCUCAUUGAUGAUUUUUCCAUUCAGUCACUCCACCUCCUGCUUCCCUGCACCAUUAUCUGUCUCUCCUGACUUGAAAUGGGAAACCAAAUGUUUUUGACGGUUGUUGAAACAAAACUGAAAGACGUCCUGCAAGAAAGUCAUCUCACCAAUCAGGAGCGGAAGUGUGUUUAGUCUGUCUCUCGUAGCUUUGAAUCAUUUUCUAAAAAUUUCACAAUCUUUGGUUGAUGUUUACCGUCGCGAGGAUCGUCAUUGUUGCCGGGAGUUCAUCUGCAACUCUGAUGAUGAUGAUGAUGAUGACGAUGGAGCCCGCACUGUCAUACACUCCAGUUUAUUAUUUCAGUCAUUUGUCUACACAUUAACACAUCAUGACGUUUACAGUGUCACACCUAACAAGGCAUUGCAGUGUUGAGGACUCUGGAAGUGCUCAUAGACAAUAACACUGAUUACUUUUGGUUGUUGUAUUUGUAAAGUACUGUACUGCUCUCUCUCAUUGUCGUGGCAGAGUAAGAGAAAUGCCUUACACAUGAAUAUGGGAGGAAGGUAUCCACUGUGUUCCUCCCACCUGAGGUGUAGACGUCAUUUCUCACACAACACACUCGACACAGAUCAUCAUAGUUUAGAUUCAUUGUACAGUGCAACAUCUCAGCUCCUCAGGUCAGCUUUGUGCUUGUGGAAGUUGAUGCAAAUCUGCGUAUAUAAACCAGUAAGAUUUGCAUUUUCCUCCAGGUAAUGUAGACAUACUGUAAUAUCACAUGUGCACAACACAUUAAUACUAUUUUUUACAAUACAUUGGCUUGUUGUUGGAGUUUGUCUUAAAUCUAAUGUCUGGGACCAGUCAUCCUGCAGUAUUGCAUGUCUUACAGGUCUGAUAUCUAAGAAACUGUUAUUUCCUGUGGCAUUUUUUUUUAAUGUAUAGAUGAGCCACUAUUCCACAGCAGUGACUGUAACAGAUUUUUGAACCGCAGAGUGCUGCGAAGCUGUGAACUUGAUUCUGGCACAUGCUCUCAGAGGAUUUGAUGAGGACAAAGAUGAGUUGCACUAUGGCAAUGCAGCUGUUUUGACAAGUGGGUGACGAUGUUCAUCCAAAAAGGAAAAAAAAAUAAUAACAACCGAAAGCGUAAUGAGAGAUUUUUAUACUACUGGAAGCGGUAAUGUUUUUUACAGCUCCAUGAAGACGAUGGUGAAUCCCAGGAGGACAGAGGAGUCUUCUGCAACAUUACUCCAGACUUUUUAAGAUGAUUGCAGUGCCCUCUUCACCAGACUACUUGUUAUUCUCUCCAUGUUCCUGUUCAGUUGUAAAGCCUCUCCUCCCCUAACAGAACCAGGAACUGUCCACACACAUCCUUGAAUCUGCACGCAAUGAUUUUCUCGACCAAACGUGACAGUUUAAAGUUUUAAAAAAAUCCUCCCACUGAUUAUCUCAUCAGAUGUCUUAAUGCAAGUUGAUAUCGAAAAAUAUGCAUAUCACAAUUUGUAGGAGAAUUUCAAAGAGAAACCUUAUGCAUUGGCAAUGCAGUGUCUCACAAAUGUGUUUUAGCAUUUAUAACAAAAACAACAACUAGAUAACAGUGAGUGGAUGCUGUGAAGGGAUUGUAAUUAGCCUGAUUAGCCUCUGCUCUCUCUUAUCAUCUGGAAAUCAUCUGUCAGGCUCCUUUUUCCUGUUGAAGCAUGACGAUCCUUCAAAUGUGGAGUGAGAUGUUUGUAAUAAUCGCCGCUUCAACUCGUUUCUCUUAGAUGUGCAUCGUGAUCAGUACAAGAGGUGUGUGUUCGAGACUGUGCCAACAAGUGAAGCACAAACUUUUUACUAUCUUAAUAUCUUUUUAAAUGUCUUUACUGUAGGCCUGUUUGUAACGUCGACAGCUCCUGGUUGCCUGUGCAAUCAAAUGAGAAAAUGAGCCUGACUUUUUCAAAUCAUUUACGCUCUGUAAAGCAUUACACUGAUGCAAUCUCUCUGUUUUUGGGUAGUAGUCAUUUUCUCUUUGUUGUUUGUUAUGCAAGGCUGUUGUACAGAUUUAAGACGUUUUUAAAAUGAAGAAGAAGAAAAAAAAAGUCGCUGAAAAUUGACAUUAACUUUU